GGCCACGACCUCAGACUGUCACUGAGGUCAGAUCUUUCUUAGGAAUGUGCGGCUACUAUAGGAACUUCAUAAAGAACUAUUCUACACUCGCUUCUCCUUUGACAGAUCUCACUUGACUUGACACACCGUGGGACUGGAGUCAUGAGUGCGAAGGUGCUUUCAAGCGACUGAAGCAUCCACUCAUGAAUCAUGAGGUUCUCAUGGUUCUCGAUCCUCAUAAGCCAUUCAUAGUGACCACUGACGCAAGCCAAUACGGCAUUGGCGCAGUGCUGGCUCAACAGGAUGGGAAAAAGUUGAGACCGAUUGAGUACAUGAGCAAGAAGAUGCCAUCAAAGAAACUGGCGAAGUCCACCUAUGAAAGGGAACUCUUCGCUCUAUAUAAAGCACUUGUCCAUUGGAGACACUUCCUAUUGGGAAGGUUCUUCUGCUUGAGGACUGAUCAUCAGACCCUCAAAUGGAUCAAGACUCAACCGGCUCUUUCUGACGCACUCAAGCGAUGGAUUGAGGUCAUAGACCAAUAUGACUUCAAGCUUGAGUAUCUGAAGGGAGAGUACAACAAGGUUGCAGAUGCGCUAUCACGUAGGGCAGACUACCUAGAGGUGAGGUUGGCAAGGGCGGAUGUGAGGUGGGCGGAGGUGAGCGUAGGUGGAGGCGGGAGCGGAGGAGAACUGGCGGGGGAAUGCCGAGGGAGAAGUGGCAGAGGCAGAUGUGAGGUGGGCGGAGGUGAGCGUAGGUGGAGGCCGGAGCGGAUGAGGACUGGCGGGGGAAUGCCGAGGGAGAAGUGGCAGAGGAAUCCCAAGGGGAGGGGACCGGCGGGCGGAGGCGGAGGCGAGGUGGCCCCAAGCGGAGAAGAGGUGGGUGGAGGCAGGGAGGAGAUGGUGGGCGAUGGCGGCGGCGGAGGGGAGGUGGGCGAAGUCGGAGAGGAGAUGGCAGGAGGAGGCGGAGGGGAGGUGGGCGGAAGUACAGGCGAGGUGGGCGGAGGUGGAGGCGAGGUGGGCGGAAGUACAGGCGAGGUGGGCGGAGGUGGAGGCGAGGUGGGCGCCGGGUGGAGAAGAGGUUGGCGGAGUCAGAGAGGAGAUGGUGGGCGGAGGCCAAGAGGAGAUGGUAGGAGUGGCGGAGGGGAGAUGGUUGGAGGAGGCGGAGGUGGGGGGCGGCAGAAGGCGGGAGCGGGUGGCGGAGUCGAGGUGGGCAGGCGGGAGGCGCCGUUCCAGGCCGCCCGCGGUCCUACUGGCCCGACGGUCCGGAUUUCCACGCGAUCUUGAAGUCUUAAGAUCGCGUGACAGUCCAGGCCGUCCGGCAAAGCGGAUGGUCUGGAUCGCCGCGCGAUCUUAAAGUCUUAAAGUCUUAAGCCGCGAAUAGC